GGUGUAGGUGGUUGCUGCGCUGGGGAUCAGGAGGACUCCUAGUGGGUGGCCAGAGUGUUUUUGUCUGUUGUGGCCAGCCUUGCUCCACGCAUACAUACAUACAUACACACACUCACGCAUAUACAUAUAUUUCAGUGUCCAGUGCUUCCAUAUUCCCGUCAGCAGUUUUUUCGUGGUCCAGCAUCACCAGAGACGGGACAAAGAUAUGUUCUCUGUGUAUAACGGUGUGUGUGUGUGUGUGUGACUGCCAGCCACUGCCAGCAAAACCAAAACAAAACAAUCUUCAGGUUCAGGCUGCACGUGGGUCCUCCGUCACUCUCCUCACACACGCACAAUGGCUUUGAAAAAAGGAAACAGACACAUCACAUUUGACGAUGAUGAAAACUUUGAGGACCCUCCUGCCCUGGACCCAGUUGGCAGGGACAGCGAUGAGGCGGCCCUGGAGGAAGAUGCAGAGGACUCAGACUCGGAUUCAGAUGCAGCGCCUGAGGAAGCCACCAUCUCUGCAGGGAAGGAAGACGCUCAGCUGAGGGAGGAUUUGGUGAAGAGUGCGGUGAGCAAACGCCGGCAAGAGAUCAGAGAGAAGCGAAAGGAACAACAUGAAAAGAACAAGUUACAGCAAGAAGAGAAGCGUAGCGUCUGGAAGAGCGACGCCUUCCACAAAGCCUUCUGGAGGCAGCCGCCACUGAGCAGAAGAUGAAAGCAUUGGAGCGAGAACAGAGGCCUCCCACGAAGAAGAAAAAGCUAGAAAAAUUUAAUGAAUCUGAUGGAGAAGAUGAUGGCUCAGUGGAGAAUGUAGAUGAGGACGGCUUCAUCACCAUAGACACAGGAGUCAAAGUCCGAACCCUAACCCAGGAGGUGAAGAAGUACACUGACAUCACACAGAGGGCGGCAGACUUCAGAAAGAACGCUUUGUAUGGAAGGAACACAAAGAGAAUGCAUACCUCACAAUUAAGAGAGAUGAAGGAGAAGCAGAUGAAGAGUGGCAAGGCAGUCUUCGCCACUCUCAAGACGUGAUGACCUCCUGCAGUGAAGGAAUUAGAGUUAAUAUGUGUUGAGCAGUUAGUUUAGUAAGGUUUAUGUUGAAAUUCUCAAUGAAAGAUUGUAGUGAAAUGUUAAGACCACAACUCAGUAACAGGUAUGUUGAUUAUGUCCACUGUAGAGAAAUGUUAAGACCACAGCUGGCAAACAGAUACGAUGAUUAUGUCCAUGAGAUGUUAAGCGAGUGGUUGGUAAGACUGGUGAAAGGCUACCUGACUGAAUAUCUUAAUAAAUUUCUGUCCUCUCUCAUUUGGGUCCAGAGUUCUUUCAUCUGUUUGUUGUCUCUCAUGAUGGGUAGGGAAUGUGAUGGCAGCAUUUUCCCGGUUCCAGCAGCUGGCACAGAGUAUGCUUAGGCUGUUGCAGUUCAUAAGGAUGCAGGAAUUAGGGAUCCAGUUUGGUCUCUAGCCAGCAGAUGAGGGCAGGUGUAAGAAAGGGUUUGUUAUGGUACAGAUGGACUGGACUGUCCUUGUUGAUAUUUAAUGGUGAAAUUGCUAGAUGUGGUUUUCAGCUGUCAGUCAUACUGGGAAAGAUUUUGUUGAGAUCAUUAAGGCAUUUGAGAAUUGAAGGAAAAUAAACAGUCAAGAUGUGUUGAUCAGAUAUGAAUUUAUUUUAUUUAUUUAUUUAUUUUAUUUUUAUUUUUAUUUAUUUAUUUUUUUUUCUCUCUUUUACGCAAGGGGGGAGACUAGCGAAAGGCAACAAAAGAUGGAGUAAAAAUGCUCAGUGGAUUGUCAGUUCCCUUACAGUUAUGAAGAGCUAUCCAAAAGUAAGUGACAAAUGUCUUGAUAUCUCCCUCUUAAAAGAAGUCAAGUAGUAGGAAGAUGGAAAUACAGAAAUAGACAGGAUGUUCCAGAGUUUAUCACAGGUUACCAGAGUUUACUAUGUAAGGUUGUAGUAAGUAAUUGGUGACCUAAAACUUCUUGCAGUCACAAUAAUUAUCACUGGACAUCAUUAUUGGUAGGAUUUUGAGUUUUGACUGGUGCCACACAUCACAACACUGUCUUCAUCAUGCUGCUGUUGUUGUACUGACUGAAAAGUGACUUCAAACAAAAAAAUGUGCAAGACUUGAUGUCUUUAGUGACGAGUAUUUUGUCUGUAUACACGGGGCUGAAACAAGAUAGAGUUGGGAAACAGGUGGUUCUGCUUUGUGCACCAGAGGCAGUGUGCUCCGUGGUGAUGGUGAUGAGUUCUCUCCGUUGGUUGAUAGACACUUUUUGUCUUGUUGCAGAUUGGUAAAACCUUCAGGGCACUUUCUGAAGCAACAGAAUAUCAGAAAUGGAAGUUCCAUUGUUGUGCAAAAUGGAAGUUCUGUUUAAGAGAUAUAUCAUUGAAUACAAUAAAAGCUCCUUUUAUUUUCAUGUAAUGAAA